CUACAAUAAGGCUAGUGAAGUAAGAGAGGAGUUGUUAAAGGGACACCACUUCAAGUAUUUUGUGAUAAAAAUUAGAACGAAGAUGUCGGGGUCAGUUCGCCUUGCUUUAAUACAGUUAGCUGUUUCUGCUUCGAAAUCAGACAAUCUCGCACGUGCAGCUCGUUUAAUCAAAGAAGCUGCUUCAAAAGGAGCCAAUAUUGUUGCUUUACCGGAGUGCUUUAAUUCCCCUUAUGGGACUAGCUAUUUCCCGGAAUAUGCGGAACCUAUUCCGGGACCGUCAACGGAGACACUCGUUCGGGCGGCUAGGGAGAAUAAUAUCUACCUAAUUGGUGGAUCGAUCCCAGAAAAUGACGGCGGGAAAAUAUAUAACACGUGCACCGUAUAUGAUCCAAAAGGAGACUUGAUUGCAAAACACAGGAAAGUACAUUUGUUCGACAUUGAAAUACCUGGGAAAAUUAAAUUUAAAGAAUCGGAAACGCUAAGCCCUGGGAAUAAUUUCAGCUUCUUUGACACUCCGUUAUGUCGAAUUGGAAUUGGAAUUUGUUACGAUAUCAG